UUGAUUAUGGAUGACAAAAAUAAUGUAUGCGAUAAUACGUAUAGACGAAAGAAUGCAAUAGUAAGCUCGGAGGAAGAUACGGAUAAUUUCACUGGAAAACGCAUUAACUACUUGUACAAAAGUCACCGCAACUUUGAUCUGGACCAGACCGAGUCCGGGAAAUACCGGGAUUCCAUCUGUGAAGGAGAUGCGCCCAUCUACCCGCUAAACCCGUCGAGGGAUCCCGAGGAUCCUGAGCCAGAAGACGUCCCUGAAGAUCAAUGCCAAAAAUCACCUACAGAAUGUCGAUGCAACGCAUUGCUUUACGUUUUUGGAGGAUACAUUGUCGGACUUCUAAUGGUACUGAUAUGGUACUAUAGGAAUCCUCAAGAGGCCUGCAAAGAUCUAAAUGGAAAAUGGAUUUUCAUCGUCUUGCUUGCCUUACUGCUGAUUGUAUUGGUUCGACGACGUGCAGCAAGGUGCAUUGUAGUGUUAUGCCUUUUAAGCUGUUCAAGCAAUCUGUUUCGGAUAGCGGUUAUUGCAUUAGCUUUCUUGGUGGCUGUUUCGGGGCCUGUAAAAAAUAUAAUCCACAACACGUGCAUUUUGGCGAACACUCUCACCUGUGAACAAAAUGUCCUCAUACAGGCUCUAAUGCUUAUGCAACGAAUUAUAAAUGAUCCUUCUCAUUCAGUGGAGGAGGCAUUCAAGACAACUUUGGGCGAAGUGUCCCGACUCAUGAAUAAAUUGGACAAACUUUUGCUAAAUCUGGAGAGACCCAUAGCUUAUACACAUGCAACUUUUAAGACCUGCACCGAUUGGUUAUUGUUACAGAAGGAUCACUAUGACUACAAGAUGGGUACUCCCUAUAAUCGCUGCUUAAAAGCUGGUAACUUGAGUAUUGCGCAUUGCAAGAGUGAAUUUGGGGAAGGCCAAAAGGAGUGCUGUAAACUAAAACUAUUCCUUUGGUUCUGUGAUAGUCUCAAGACGUAUACAACUUUUUUCAAUGACAAUAUUCAAUGGUCUCAGAUGGUCAUAAAGGAUAUAUUUCAACGAUUGCAGUUAUGCUUUGUCAAAAUCCGUUUUAUUUUCAUAACCACCAUUAGUUUUGAUCACAGCUUGAAAUUUAAUUCAACAGGACCAUUUCCCUCUAACAAAGACCACAUUAACGUACAGGAUGUAAAAGAGGAAUUGGAGGCACAGAGAUACAAGAUACAUUUGGUGCACCUUUGGCUCGAUUUGAUUAUCUUCAUGCUCUUGCUCACCAUUAUUUAUCAAUCCAUGUGCUUUUGGUUUCGCUACCUAACCAAUGACAACUACGAAAACAUCUAUAUAACAGAGGCCUUCGAGGACUACGAUGACCAGUACCAUCAAAUCAUGGGUUUAAGAGCCCUGCCCUUAAGCAAUUGCGAAGAUAACAAAUAUGUGAAGAUAAGCUCAAUGCGACUUCUGUCCAAAGAAUUCGAUACUAUUUAUCGUUCAGCGAUCUUUUUGGUAAUCACAGGAAUACAGCUUUUCUGCAUCUGCCUUGUGGACUAUAGUCUUUAUAGUAUGCUAACUUUGAUGUCCUAUCACGGACAUAUGAUUGAAGAUGUUAAACCUCCUGCUUAUACAAAAAUUGUUAUUAACUGCGGAGGUAAAAUUGGCGACAUGCUACGCGAUCUGGUUCAGGCAUUUGAGCCAAAAAUAUGUAAGAUGAAUACUCAAAGGUGCCUACCGAUCCCAGGGUAUCCAAAAUACCUUCGAUAUGUGUGGAUCUUAUUACUAUAUUUGCUGGCCUGGUUCCUGGUCUUUUGGGAGCCAUACGGCCUGCGACAAAGACACCGUGUUAUGAUGUACUUUUAUCCAGAGGAAUCAAGACGCAGAUCUCACGAUUUGCACGACAUUAUAUUAAAAAAUAGAAAAAGUUUAUUUAAAGCAAGAUGUGAAGAAGCACGUUUAUUGAACGCCUUUGAAAGCACCCAUGAAUUUGAAUCAUUCACCACGUGGCUUAAUUCUCGUUUAAACUGGUAUGCUCUAACUUUAUAUUUGAAUAUAUUAACAAAAUCUUGCAGGUGCCUCAGUUGUUGUACAGUAUCUUUUAUUGGUCGAUGUUGCACUCUGUGCAAUAAACCACUGAAGAAAAGUGACAAUGUUCCCUGUACCUGGCCAAGCUGCAGGGGUAUCUACUGUAAAAUGUGCUUUCAAGAGAGCAACAAUAAAUGUGUUUUAUGCUGCCCCGAAAUCGACGAUGAACUCUUAGAACCAGAGAACUCUUCGGGAAAUUCGGAAGCUGAUUUCUGCAGCAUUGAUAACAAAGAUCCCCAGCCGCGAGAUAAGAUAACAUAGUUAGCUGCCAGAACAUCGAGUCCCAUAUUGUCUAGUGGUUAGGAUAUCCGGCUCUCACCCGGAAGGCCCGGGUUCAAUUCCCGGUA